UAUAUCAGGUAGAUAUCUGCUGUCAUAUGAUGAGUUGAAAUUCCAGUGGAGUACAGUGAGGUGACGGCAGUAUCACCGUUGAUUCAGCUGAUCAGGAUCUUCAUUGAAAAUCUGUAAUUGCAAGAUCUGUUGUUAAGCUGACUAUGUGGGAGCUGUUGAGAGGACAUCGCAGGCGGAUCAUCUAUUUCUCGUCCAUUUUUUGAAUGGCGGUAGUGUCUGGGUCAGUUGAACUCACAUUGACUGAUUCAUUGGAUUGCCUGAUACAAUCAAUAAACAUAGGAUAAUUUAGUUAUCAACUUGUCUAAGAAAAGAAAAAGAUUAAGCUGGGGAAAGUCUACUAGUUUAAAACAUUAAGAGUUUUGAGUGAGCUGCUGUUCAUUUAUGGUCAUUCUUUUGAUAUGGGCAUGUGCUUGUAGUUGAAUCUAUAUAGGGUGUUGACGGAAUAAUCUGUGAUUGAGAAUGGCUACAUGGGAACACUUCGGGGAAAUUGCAAAUGGUGCCCAGCUUGCUGGCCUUGAUGCUGUGAAGCUAAUUGGUUUGAUUGUAAAAGCUGCAAGCACAGCUCGAAUGCACAAGAAGAAUUGCAGGCAGUUUGCGCAGCAUCUCAAAUUAAUUGGUAAUUUAUUGGAGCAGCUUAGAAUUACAGAACUCAAGAAGUAUCCUGAAACCUCCGAGCCAUUGGAAUAUCUUGAAGAUGCAUUAAGGAGGUCUUACAUUUUGGUCAACAGCUGCCAGGAUCGGAGCUAUCUUUAUCUGUUGGCUAUGGGAUGGAACAUUGUCUACCAGUUCCGGAAGGCUCAGAAUGAGAUUGACCAGUAUUUGAAGAUCAUUCCUCUCAUCACGCUUGUGGAUAAUGCUCGAGUCAGGGAGAGAUUUGAAAUCAUUGAGAAGGACCAGUGUGAAUAUACUUUGGAGGCUGAAGACAUGAAGGUGCAAGAAGUCAUUUUAAAACGAGAUCCCUCUAAACAUGAUACAAUAGUGUUAAAGAAGACCCUUUCCCGUUCCUACCCAAGCAUGCCUAUCACUGAGGCAAUUCAGAAGGAGAAUGAAAAGCUUCAGCUAGAACUGCAACGUUCACAAGCUAAUUUAGAUGUAAAUCAGUGUGAAUUCAUUCAGCAUCUUCUCGAUGUCACAGAGGUAGUUGCAGCUGAGUCUCUUUCCGAGAAGAGUUCACCCACCGAGCCUACCAAAAAAUUGGAGCAUAGUCACUCAGAUGCCAAUAGUGACAAGGAACACAGUGAUAAAAGUUAUAUUAAAAGUGAUGAGAAACAGUCAACUUCAAGAAACACUUCUUCAGUUUCAUCACAACGUGAACUGCUGUCUUCAAAGGGUUCAUAUCGAUAUGAAGAGUGGCAUACAGAUCUGUUGGGAUGCUGUUCAGAACCUCUCCUAUGCAUUAAAACCUUUUUCUUUCCUUGUGGUACAUUUUCUAAAGUUGCCAGUUUUGCAGCCAACAGAGACAUAUCUUCAGCGGACGCUUGUAAUGAAUUAAUGGCUUACUCGUUGAUACUGUCCUGCUGCUGUUACACUUGCUGCAUCAGAAAGAAACUUCGGCAAAAGCUAAACAUCACGGGAGGCAUCAUAGAUGAUUUUCUUUCACAUUUAAUGUGCUGUUGCUGUGCUCUCGUCCAAGAAUUGCGUGAAGUGGAAAUACGUGGGGCUAAUGGUACAGAGAAGACGAAAACGAGCCCGCCACCCUCUCAAUUUAUGGAAACAUAGGAAAUUGAAAUUGAAAUUGAAAUUGGCUAAACAUAUUAGAGCAUAACUUGCAGAACCUGAUAGAUGGAACAUAUAGAUUCUCUCUGGAUUUGCAAUCAUUUUGUAAAGUAAUUCUUAGUAAUCCAGAUUUAAUGUGUACAAAGAUAAUCUUUUUAGUUUUCAAUGGUUCCAUUGUUAAUUCAUUUGCUUUAUGCA